AUGAGCAGUCUCCAGUUCGUGCAGGAAGUCAAAGAUGUCACUCGCGACCGGUUCGUCGAGUGCGAAAAGAGCGGAUGGUUCGCCAAAGCUGGAGGAUGCAAAGCCGUCAUCAAGCAACGGGCCGGGACAGUACUCAUGGCCGUACUCGAGCUCAAAGAUUUCGUUAGCGAAGGACUAAAGUACGAUGUCACCGGAUACGGUGCGACAGCAUGGUCUAUCAUCACCUUUGGCCUACGGGCCGAUCUCGACAGGACACAAUCCAUAUUCGAAGCUUCCGCUUUCCUGGCGGAUCUCCUUGCACGCUACGCUAGUAUCCUCCUGUCCAGCAAAACCAGCCAGCAACCCUUUCCAGAAACUGAAUAG